UGCACCACUCUGCCCCAACAUUCACACAUAGACGUGUCUGCUUCUUGUCAGAGUCGCAAAGUCACCAUGGACGUGCACAGAGUUUCGAACCACAACCAAAUGGAUUAUAACCACGACAACAUGGAGCCCAAACACGGGAAAACGCUGCCUUGCCACGAGGACCGUUUUGACAGCGGCCUGGAUUCCCUGAAAGAGGACGAGCUGGUGAACGAGUUUGAGGAGAUGAAUGUGGACACACUCGAGCACACCACAGAGGAAUAUGAGCCUUGGAGAAAUGCAGUGACUGACGAUGGUGACACGCCUCUCCACUUGGCCGUCAUUCAUGAAGCCACUGAUCAUGCCCUCCAGAUGAUCAAGCUGUCUCGCAAUCACCCCUUCCUCAACGUACAGAACCACCAGAGACAGACUGCCCUCCAUCUAGCAGUGAUCACAGAGCAGCCCCAGUUGGUGGAGAAACUCCUGAAGGCCGGCUGCGACCCACAGUUGGCUGACGACAGUGGGAACACGGCUCUCCACAUCGCCUGCAAGAGGGGUUCCCUCGCCUGCUUCGGUGUCAUUACCCAGAACUGCCAGCGCCACCUUACCUCCAUCCUGUCCUUCCCCAACUACAAUGGACACAACUGUCUCCACUUGGCAUCUAUUAAUGGCUACAUUUCAUUGGUGGAAAACCUUGUUAAGCUGGGUGCAGACAUCAACGCACAGGAACAAUGCAGUGGACGGACGGCACUCCACCUGGCCGUGGAUCUUCAGAACCCCACGCUGGUCCGUUGCCUCCUCAACCUCGGCGCCGACGUUAACUGCUUGAACUACGGCGGCUUCACGGCGUACCACCUCACGUACGGGCGCCAGAACGAAGAGAUUCGGUGCCAGCUGUAUGAGAAGACGCCGCAGGAGCUGAGGCAGCUGCCCGAAAGUGACUCAGAUGAGAGUGAUAUGGAGGACCUGGACCUGUCAGAGGAUGAGCUGUAUGACGACAUAAAGUUCGGAAAGUAAACGGAACCACCUCUCUACCGCUGGUAUGAACGACAGUGAAGCUGCUACUGGGUUUCCCCAGCCACGGCCCCCAACGAGGGACAAAUCAGUGCCUGCUUGUCCCCGUCCAAGGUCCAAGUCCACAGGUGCUGGCCCUGGGAUCACAAACAUGAAUGAAGAUGGCGUCCAGUGAGGUCAAAGCCGGUCUGCAUCACAGAACUCUUUGCCAAGAACCACAAAACAGCAAGACCAUGACCUCCAUGUAGUCCUUCUGUAUACUGUAUAAAUAUAUAUUGAUGUGUAUAUACCAGACUUGUAAUAUAUUGUAAAUACAGAGAUAUUAUUUUCUUACCUGUACAUAUGAGUGUGGAUUUAAACACUAUUAACAAAAAAUGCUCAGAAUAAAAAGAAGUCUAUGAAUAUAAAGAA